UCUAUCUAAUCCCUUUUUUUUUUUUUUUUUUUUUGCAUUUAAUAAUUCAACUGCCCAUCCGGAGACCGUGGUUAUCCACUAAAGAUAUGGCUGUUAACCCCCCUCACCAACCCACAAACUGACCGAGAGCACAGAUACAACAAUGCCCAUUCUCGCACUCGGUCAGUUGUAGAGCGGCCAAUUGGGCAGCUGAAAUGUCGGUGGCGCUGCCUUGAUAGGACCGGGGGGAUGCUGUUAUACUGCCCUGACAAGGUGUGCCGCAUCGUGCUGACCUGUGGUGUGCUGCACAAUGUCACGCACAGGCACGGCAUACCACUUGGUGAGGUUGCGGCACUGCUAGAUGACCCCGACCCAGGACCAAUGUAUGUGCAGCCCAACAAACAAGCCAUUCAGAACAUGCAUCAAGAUGUGGCCAGACGGACGGGCCUCAGCACUGGGGGGAGCACUGUAAAUGGCGGAGACACUGGAGACGCCGGACACAAUGGGCUCUGGCUGCUCAGGAGGGGCGGACUCCAAGUGCGUGCCAGUGGACGCUCCUGCUGUUGUACCAUAUAAGUCCAAAUAAACACAGCAGUACAGCAGAAACAACGGUUCUGUCCAGGCGAACAGCCUUAAAGAUCUGCUUCAAAAUAAGAUUGAUGAUAUGGAGAAGCAGGUGCUGUCCCGGGUCAGUACUAUGGAGGAGAGCAAACCCGGGCAGAGGAACAACACGGAUCAGCGCAAUCGAGUAGAGUCAACUCUCACCUCCUUACAUCAGAGAAUUAACGACCUAGAGAAAGGUUCAAAAGGUAGCAGACCACUGGACAAGUUUCAGAUAACGUUCCCCUUAAGAACAAAUUACAUGUAUGCCAAAGUGAAAAAAAGUCUACCAGAAAUGUAUGCCUUCUCUUUCUGCUUGUGGAUAAAGUCCAACGCAUCACCUGGGGUAGGAACACCUUUCUCCUAUGCUGUUCCUGGACAAGCCAAUGAGCUUGUUCUCAUAGAAUGGGGGAACAAUCCAAUGGAGAUUCUCAUAAAUGAUAAGGUUGCAAAAUUACCUUUCAUUAUCAACGAUGGUAAAUGGCAUCACAUCUGCAUUACAUGGACGACUCGUGAUGGAGUAUGGGAAGCUUUUCAGGAUGGUGUUCUGCGUGGAACUGGAGAAAAUCUGGCACCUUACCACCCAAUCAAACCCAAUGGUGUGCUGGUCUUAGGUCAGGAGCAGGACACACUUGGUGGAGGUUUUGAUGCAACCCAAGCCUUUGUAGGUGAACUGGCGAACUUCAAUAUAUGGGAUAGAAAGUUGACAGCUGGUGAAAUUUACAACCUGGCAACCUGCAACAACAGAGCACAAGCUGGCAAUGUGUUGUCAUGGUCAGAGAGUAAUAUCGAUGUGUUUGGUGGAGCCACAAAAUGGACUUUUGAGCCCUGCCGUCAGCUCAACUGAACUGCAAUGGGGCCAGAUCCAUGUUUCUAUUUUUUGUCUGUCUUUGUCCUUCAUUUUUUUGUUGUUCUUGAUAAAAUGAUUCAAAGGUAAGCAUAAAUCUGGGUUUUUUAUGAAUACCUAAAUAUUUCUGUGCAAAACUAAAAUAAUUGUAUUUUUUUUUGUCUUGAUAAAAUAGUUUCCUGUUGGUUGUCUUGCGAACCUCAAAGUGACAGUGUUACUCCAGGUUACUUUUAGCAUUACAAUAUUUUUUGCCGCUUUUUUUGCAAGUGGAAACAGUUAGCUUUUUUUUCUUUUUUCUUUUUUUUUUUUUUUUUUUUUCUUCAUAUAUUUAUUUGAAGGGGCCAACAACUGAAGAACUGUCUCUUUGCAGCAUUUUGGGCAGUAAAGCAACAGUGCAUCAGAAUAUAAUGUUUUUUCCCAAUGAACACACUUUGCUGAUAACCUAAUUACAAAUCGUCACCAUUUUAAAUGAUGGUUUAUUUAAUAUCUGCACUUAAUGGUGCCCACCUGAUCUUGCACUGUGAUGGACUUGAAAAUAGGAUGGGGAAAAAUGUAUUUAUUUGGAAAAAUAUGGUUUAAAAGGAUGGCACUUUCUGUAUUUGUUUCAGUGAUCUCACCGAUGUUUCUAUAAGAAUGUCGUUUAGUUGCCAACAUGCUUACAGCCUGAGUGCCUUGAGCUGAUGUAUCAGUUCAGCACAAACUUUUAGUUUGCUUAGUCAUUGUGUUAUGCAAUAUCUUUUUCAUUUUAUUGAUGAAUUAUUGUUUUUAUGAAAUGUGUUCAACAGCUAUUGUUAAAGCUCUGGUGUGUUUUGACUCUGUUCUAGUAAUGUAAUUCAUACUGUAACAGCAUGAAUUAUCAAAUGCUGCAACAUCAAUGCUGAUAUCUGCUUCUCCUAUUGUUUUGGGUUGGGUUUUUUACUGUAUUGAUAUAUGCUAAAAGCAUGGCACUAAUGAAAAUGAUAAAGAUCUAAUUUUUGUAAUAAAAUUGUGAUAUAUUAUAUGAAAAGCA